AUGUCUUCUCUGACUGGGGGUUCCUAUCCCCCAACUCUGGAUGAUGCUCUUGAAAAAGACCGCUUGGCGCAGGCCAUCAAGGACUGGACCAUCGCCAAUGGUUUAGCCGUCCGGCCUCCACCCGCCGUUGCGAGCAACAAUCUCGAGGGAAUUCUGGCCAUGAGUGCCCCAGUGACUCUGUUCCCAAGCCCGUUCCCCAAAAGCUGCUUCGAGGAGGCCAAGGCCAUCCAAACCAAGUACAACGAACUCUACGCUCGAAUUAGCCAGGAUGAGGAGUACCUCAGUGGCCUUGUACAGGAGGUUGCUAGCGGCGAUGAGUUUAUCGCCGAGCUGUGGAAGAUCCACCUGCGAGUGAAGGAGGAAGGCUACGUUCAAAACCUUGCUCUCGGCCUUUUCCGGUCCGACUACAUGGUCCAUCAGGACGGCGACAAUCUCCAAAUCAAGCAGGUCGAGUUCAACACCAUUGCCUCUUCGUUCGGAGGACUCUCGGCGCAAACUUCCUUGCUCCACCAGUACGAAACUCCAAACAAACCACUUGAACCAGAAAUCGCUCUAACACUUGCCAGACAUCUCGUGAAAAACGAGUAUCCCCUCCUGCAAAACUCCAUAUCACGUUCCUCCGUCGAUCUCCCCGCUAACAAUUCCGCAGAGGGCCUCGCCGCCGGCCUGGCAGCCGCCUUCUGCGCCUACGGCCAAUCCACCCUCGGCCAUCCAACCUGCGUCCUCUUCAUCACCCAAGACGGCGAGCGCAACGUCUUCGACCAGCGCCACCUCGAAUACGCCCUGCAAUCCUCCUCCACCACCCCGGACCCCAUCCCCGUCUUCCGCCUCCCCUUCUCCCAACUCCUCACCCACACCACCCUCGCCCCCUCCUCCCCCACCCGCCAACUCCUCUACCAUCCCCCACACAACCCCACCCUCACCUUCGAAGUCGCCGUCGCCUACCUCCGCGCCGCCUACGGACCGUCCGACUUCCCCACCCCCACCGCCUGGGAAUCGCGCUACCAGCUCGAACGCUCGGCUGCCAUCAAGUGCCCCACCAUCCUGACUCAACUAGCGGGCAUGAAAAUAGUGCAACAAGUGCUCGGCACCCCUGAAGGCGUCUCCACCACGCUCUCCGCCCUCCGCUGCUUCGUCCCCAACGAUGAUGUCGCCUACUCCGUCUUUGGCGCAUCUUCACCAACAUCUACCCGCUGGACACGACGCUCGCGGUCCAGGCGGCGCGGCGGCUGGCGACCGAUCCCGACGCCUGCCAGCGCUACGUCAUGA